AUGGAGGGUCCGAGCCGAAGCAGUGGUUUCAGGCAGAGCCGACGGUCUCGUUCCCAGCGCGACAGGGAACGGCAGAGGAGAAGAGUCGACCUGGCUGAACAACGAGCCACAUCCCUGUCCUCGGGCUCUGAACGUGAAGCUUGUGGAACAAACUCGGUUCUUGGUGCCGGUGGACGAGAAUGCCGACCCGGAUUUGGAAGACACAGGCCUCCUCGUCGGAGGAAAAGGGAAUCGAUGUCAUGCGAGGAAGACCUCAUCGACGGUUUCGCUAUUGCGAGCUUCAUCAGUUUCGAGGCCUUGGAGAUGGACUGCUCUCUGAAGCCCACCCAGCGUGCCGCUAUGCUGAUGGGCAGAGGCAACAAGAGGAAGAGGAAGCGAGGGCCGGAGGAGAACGGUGGAGGGCCCCUCUCGGAGCCCGAUGAAGGCGGCCCGCCCAGCUUCUCCCAUAGUUGCUGGAGCACGAAUAGAAAGAAGAGGAGAAAGACGGAUGUGAAGGUGCUGCAACCACAUCAUAUUGUUGAGAACCAGCAUCUGACUCAUUAUCUGUUCUGUUCAUAUAGCUGGUUGUGCAAGGGGUUCCAUAGAUCACACUAUUAUGUUUGCCAAGUAUGCAAGAUUUCCAUCCCACAUAUAUGUGACAUUGCACUAGUCACUGCUCUUGGUGUUUUAAGGGUCUAGCCAUAACACUAAUAUGUAGUCUUAAGCAGCCUGGUUUGCUUCGUCAUUGGUUCCUUCCUCUUACUUUUAACUGACUGUACAUUAUACAUAAUGAUUGAGGAUGAGACUGAUGUGACAGGAAAUCAGAUUGUCAAAAAUAAUAUACAAAAAAGCCUCAAUGCUGUUCAAGAUCUUAUGGCAUCUUCUUUAUGACAUUUUUUAGUAGCUAGCUCUAUGUGGCUUCUAAAAUGCUAGAUGAAAUUACAAAGGUAAACAACUAAUGGCUCACAUCCUGGUGUAGAGCGAAGUGCCCGGGGGACAUCCCAAGUUAAUUAAUGUGUGGAGAAAGUCUGUAGCAAAGCAAUCGCAACAUUAUAUUCAUUCUUGUACACCUGGAAGUACAGCUAGACCUGUAUUUUUUUUUUAUCCCAAGUCACGCGCAGGCCAAAAACAAACUUGGGUAAGCUAAGGCUAGAGCUAGAGAAGAUGGCCAGUAGCAUUGCAAGGGGAGAGGGUGAGGGGUGACCAUCGUGAAAACUCACAAUAACGGGAGAGAUGGCCCGCAGCCUAAUACUUUUGUUAUGUUUUUGCAGGCAUAUAAAGUGUGCUACAGGCAGAAUUAAUGAUUCUUUCGGGGUGUAAAGAGAACUUGAAAUAUGACAAAAUGGCUUCUUAAAUGUAUUGCCUACCCUAGCUUUAAGAAAAUGUAGAGUUUAAAAUUGUAAGAGUUUUACAAAAUACUUUCCCUGCUUUAAUUAACUAGGGUUGGCGUCCUGGAAGCUGCUCUUCAAUAACCUUCUAAUAAUUGAAUAAUGCAAGCAGAUGGACAUGUUUACCUGACUAAAUGUUGUGCUUUACUUUGCUAUAGGUUGUGACUUUAAAAUUGUACCCUUGUAUCCUCU